UUGGGCUUUGUAGAAAAAACUGAUACAUCGAUUCAGUUCCCCGAAGCGGCCGAGGAAGUGGCCGAGAAAAAUCACAAAGAUGUUCCUAUCUCUUGCAAAGGACAGAAUUAUUGUACAGUAAAACCAGAUGACUAUCCGGAAGAGAAAUUCAAUGAAAUGUUUAAGGGUUAUAACGCCUUCCCUCAACCAAAACUAGUAUGGGAUCCUCUACAAAAUAAACAAGGUAGCGUAGAUGACGACAAAAACUGCGAAAGUCAAAUAAGUUAUGAUGCGCUAUAUAAAGUUAAGGAGAGUGGAGAUAAACCUUGGCGUACUGUGAUACAAGCUCCGAAACAUGACUUUGUACAAAAAGUGCGUCUAGAGAAAUGCAUAUGUGAUGAUGCGAUUCUGUUUGUUGAACCGCUUGAAGUUGUAAAUACUAAUGACUAUGACAGAGAUGUUCCCAUUUCAUGUAAGGGACAGACGUAUUGUACCAUCAAAACAGACGAUUAUCCAGAAAAGAAAUUUAAUGAAAUGUUAAAAGGACGUUAUGAACCAUUGUAUAAAGUUAGAGAAGGAGUUGAUAAGCCUUGGCGCUACGUUGUCCAGUCUUCAGAGCAUGAUUAUAUUCAAAAAGUACGCCUAGAGAGAUGUCUGAGUGCAUAA